CGUGGAUAAUAACUAGCCCAAUCUUCUUUCCUUCAAUCAUUAUUAGCUUUAUUUUAGCUAUAGAAAAUGCCUUGUGAGACUAAGACAUGGUUAUUUCUUCCUCUUCUUCUCUUGGUUGCAAACUGCAUGCAACAUUCUGUCCAUGGAAAACCCGAAGUACCUUGCCUCUUUAUCUUUGGUGACUCUCUGUCUGAUAAUGGAAACAACAACAACCUUGUAACAUCUACAAAAUCCAAUUACAAACCAUAUGGCAUCGAUUUUCCAACAGGUCCAACUGGAAGAUUUACAAACGGACCAACUACAGUUGACAUAAUUAGCCAACUGCUGGGAUUUGAGAAUUUCAUCCCACCAUUUGCAAACACUAGUGACUCAGACAUACUGAAAGGUGUGAACUAUGCAUCCGCUGCAGCUGGAAUUCGCGUUGAGAGCGGCACACACAUGGGUGCUGAUAUCAGUUUGGCCGUACAAUUUGCAAACCAUAUAGCUAUAGUUUCCAAAAUUGCAGCCAAACUUGGAGGUUUUCACAAAGCAGCAAAACAUCUUAACAAGUGCUUGUAUUAUGUGAAUAUAGGCAACAAUGAUUACAUAAACAACUAUUUCCUUCCAGAGAUCUACCCAACAAGCCACUUCUAUACUCCAGAGCGGUAUGCCAAAGUUCUUAUUGACCAAUUAUCUCUAUAUUUACAGGGUCUCCAGGAUUUUGGGGCAAGAAAAUACGUGCUGGUUGGGAUGGGACUUAUAGGUUGCACUCCAAAUGCCAUUUCUACUCGUGGGACAAAUGGAGCUUGUGUUGAAGAGGAGAAUGCUGCUGCAAUCAUAUUUAACAACAAGCUUAAAUCUUCUGUGCAAAAAUUCAAUCACAAGUUCUCUGCUGAUUCUAAAUUCAUCUUCAUAAACAGUACAGCUGGAUCCCUUGGCAAUUCACUUGGUUUCAAAGUUUUGAAUGCAAGCUGCUGCAAAACAGGGGCACAUGGACUUUGUAUUCGUGAUCAAAUUCCAUGCCAGAAUAGGAAUGAGUAUAUUUUCUGGGAUGAAUUCCAUCCUACAAAAGCUGCCAACAUAUUCACUGCAUUUGCUUCAUAUAAUGCUUCUAAUCCAGCCUUCACUUAUCCAAUCGAUAUCAAGCACCUUGUUCAGUCGUUUUAGUUUUAGUUCAUAGUUGUCUUCUUAAUUAGUUUGAUGCUAUCAUGAAUAAUUAUUCAUUUUGAAUAUGUUCGACUUCAAAGAAAUUCAAUUUGAAUACAA